GAGGAGUCCUUGGACCACCUGGAAACACUGAAGCGUGAGAACAAGAACUUGCAACAGGAGAUUGCUGACCUCACGGAGCAGAUUGCCGAGGGAGGAAAGGCGAUUCAUGAGCUGGAGAAAGUCAAGAAACAGAUUGAGCAGGAGAAAUCUGAACUCCAAGCCUCCCUGGAGGAAGCUGAGGCCUCCCUGGAACAUGAAGAGGGGAAGAUCCUGCGCCUCCAACUUGAGCUAAACCAGGUGAAGUCGGAGAUUGACAGGAAGAUAGCAGAGAAAGAUGAGGAGAUUGACCAGAUGAAGAGAAACCACCUCCGAGUUGUGGAGUCCUUCACUGAGAUCAGGAGCAGGAAGGAAGCCCUGCGGCUGAAGAAGAAGAUGGAGGGAGACCUGAAUGAAAUGGAGAUCCAGCUGAGCCAUGCCAACCGCCAGGCUGCAGAGGCACAAAAGAACCUGAGAAAUGCACAAGCAGUGCUGAAGGAUACACAAAUACACUUGGAUGAUGCUCUCAGGUCACAGGAAGACCUGAAGGAGCAAGUGGCCAUGGUGGAGCGCAGAGCAAACCUGCUGCAGGCUGAAGUUGAGGAGCUCCGGGCAGCCCUGGAGCAGACGGAGCGGUCGAGGAAAGUGGCUGAGCAGGAGCUGCUGGAUGCAAGUGAGCGUGUGCAGCUCCUCCAUACCCAGAACACCAGCUUGAUCAACACCAAGAAGAAGCUGGAAACAGACAUUUCCCAAAUUCAGAGUGAAAUGGAGGAUACGAUCCAGGAAGCCCGCAACGCUGAAGAGAAGGCCAAGAAGGCCAUCACAGAUGCAGCCAUGAUGGCAGAAGAGCUGAAGAAGGAGCAGGACACCAGUGCUCACCUGGAGAGGAUGAAGAAGAACCUGGACCAGACAGUGAAGGACCUGCAGCACCGUCUGGAUGAGGCUGAGCAGUUGGCUCUGAAGGGAGGCAAGAAGCAAAUCCAGAAGCUGGAGGCCAGAGUGCGGGAGCUGGAAGGGGAGGGGGGUGCUGAGCAGAAGCGCGGCGCUGAAGCCGUGAAGGGUGUGCGCAAGUACGAGAGGAGGGUGAAGGAGCUGACCUACCAGUCUGAGGAAGAGAAUGUUCUCAGGCUGCAGGAUCUGGUGGACAAGCUGCAAAUGAAAGUGAAGUCCUACAAGAGGCAAGCUGAGGAAGCUGAGGAGCUGUCCAAUGUCAACCUCUCCAAGUUCCGCAAGAUCCAGCACGAGCUGGAGGAAGCCGAGGAGCGGGCUGACAUUGCAGAGUCGCAGGUCAACAAGCUCCGAGCGAAGAGCCGGGAGUUUCAUAAGAAGGUAGAAGAGGAGGAAUGAGGGUUUCAAGACUAAAAAGUGACCUGAGAGAUGCAUAAAAUGUAAAUCUCUGUGUUGCUUUCUUCUGUAACUGUCAUUUAUGUCUAGGCAAUAAAGAGAGUAGAGACCUUUGC